CAGAGAAUAUUUUAACUAAAGUCGCACCGUCAGGUAAUCAGGAAAAUCAGACGAAUUUUUUUUUUGGUACAAACUCAAAUAUGUUUUUUUCAAAAAGCAUGUCUCUUGUAGUUUAUGAAGUGAAAGUGUUGUUCCUAAUAGUUAUAAAAAUUAAUUAUUUGAUGUGUAUUCAAAAUGAGUUGGUAGUUCGGGUUACUGGAGGCCCUUUUGUGGCACAAUUGUUGGCUGAAGAGCAUGGACAUCUUUAUAAGGGACCAGUUAGGGGAUUUAAAGAUACAUAUAUAUUAAUUCCAUUAGAAAAUGUAUACGAAAAUCAUCAGAAACGUGGAUUUUUUCCGAAAAAAAUUGCAAAUGACCAAAGGGUACUAUGGGCCGAAGAACAACAUGUAAAAUUAAGGCAAAAAAGGGACUUCAUUGCAGAAGAAGAUAUCCCCAAAGAGCGAGUUAAAAGAGUGGAAGAUAUACCAAGUUCUCAAAGAUUAAAUUCGUCUAAAUUAAGACAAAAAAGGGACGUCAUGGCAGAAGAAGGUAUCCCCAAACAGCGAGUUAAAAGAGUGCAAGAUUUUCAAAUUCGUGAAAGGAAAACGUUAGUAACGGCCUCCGACCAAACGUUUAACGAUGAAUUGUGGUCACAACAAUGGUACCUGCGAGAUACUAGAUCUCGUUUAGACCUUCCAAAAUUAGAUUUAAAUGUACUUCCUGUAUAUUAUAUGGGUAUAACUGGUAAAGGAAUUCGAAUAUCAAUCCUCGACGAUGGAAUUGAAUAUACACAUGACGAUUUAAGAGAAAACUAUGAUCCUGAAAUAAGUUGGGACUGUAACGAGGACGAUAAUGAUCCAUAUCCUAGACUAGAUGCACCAAAGUCCAAUAAUCAUGGUACAAGAUGCGCUGGAGAGGUAUCUAUGAUGGCUAAUAACCGGAAAUGUGGUGUUGGAAUAGCUUUUGGAGCCAGAGUUGGAGCUGUAAAAAUGUUAGAUGGUAUCAUUACUGAUCGCAUUGAAGGUACUGCACUAGGAUAUGCUCAACAUUUGGUAGAUAUUUACAGUGCAUCGUGGGGACCCAAUGAUGAUGGAAAAACUGUUGACGGUCCAGGUAGAUUGGCAGUGGAGGCUAUAGAAAGAGGAAUACGAGAAGGACGUGGUGGUAAAGGUGUCAUCUACGUGUGGGCUUCAGGUAAUGGAGGUAACAAUAAUGAUAACUGCAAUUGUGAUGGUUAUUUGGCCAGUCCGUACACAAUUUCUAUAGGAAGUGCAUCACAAACGGGAAAAUUUCCAUGGUAUGGAGAGGCAUGUGCCUCCACUUUAGCUGUUACAUAUUCCUCCGGAGCGUACAAAGAUCAGAUGAUAACAACCACAGAUAUUAAAAAUUCAUGUACAACUAAACAUACGGGAACUUCAGCAUCUGCUCCAUUAGCAGCAGGCAUCAUAGCUUUGGCAUUAGAAGUUAACGGAAAUUUGACUUGGCGAGAUGUUCAACAUUUAAUAACAUGGACUUCCGAAUUGGCACCUCUGACACACAAUCCUGGAUGGCAACAAAAUUCCGCAGGUUUUUGGGUAAGCGAUCGAUUUGGUUUUGGAUUAAUGAAUGCAUUUGGAUUAAUACGAGAGGCUAUUAAUUGGAAAACAGUUCCUGAGAGAAAGACCUGCCGAAAUUUGCUAAGAAUGAAUUCUACCCUAUCAUCCAGUGAACCAGUAAAAAUAGAAAUUACUUCGACUGGAUGUAAACAGACAGAUCAUGAACUGAAAUAUUUGGAACAUGUUGAGGUACAAACGAAUAUAAAUUACACAUCCAGAGGGUCAUUGCAAAUAAAAUUAUAUUCACCUACAGGCACAAUGGUCAAUUUAUUGGCUCCAAGAAAAUUAGACAAAAGUUCACAAGGAUUUCAAAACUGGACCUUCAUGUCUGUUAUGACUUGGGGAGAGAUUGCUGAAGGAAUUUGGACAAUAGUCAUUACUGAUGUGACGUCAUCUAAGAAGCAUAUAGGUUCUGUGGGCGAUACAAUGUUAAUUUUACACGGAACCAGGCAUCUACCACCACACAUGAGAGAAGGUCCCAGAAACUACGACGAAAAUUAUAACCGUCUCCAAAACCGUGUGAAAUUGGCUCAUGCUGCAAAUUAUGAAACACAUAACCUAGUAGAUAGAGUCCAGAAUCUAGAAUCCCGAUCUGCUUACUUACCACAGGAUAUUAUGGAGGAGAUUUUAAUAAAUGAUUUGUACCAUUGAAUUUAAUACCUAUUAUAAAUUAUUUUAGCAGUUGG